AUGCAAAAAAGUGCAUCACAAAAUUCAAAAGUACGUGUGUUUUUUAAUAAUUUGUCGGCCAUACCAGCUUUUUUUUCGAACUCUACCCAUCGAUGUGAUGUUUUAGAAGAAAUUAUAAAUAAGAAAAUCCCCAGAGUAGCUGCUACUAGAUGGAACUAUAACAUUCGUACAGUUUACUUUGUCUAUGAACAUCGUGAGAAACUCAUAGAGGUGUUUGAAGAAAUAGAAGAGAGAUGUAAUAGAGGUGUUACUUUAAAUGAAGCUUCAAGUUUGAGAAGAGCGUUAGAAGAUCAAGAAUUCUUGUUUGGGUUGACAGUAUUCCAUAAAAUAUUUCCGCAUGUUGACAUCCUUUAUAACCAGCUGCAGUCAAGAAAUCAAGAUAGUGUUCAAUUACAAAAGGACUUAGUAAUUUUUGAAAAGAGUACCGACAAUAUAAGAGGUCAAAUUGAUGAUAUUAAAAAAUAUACCGAAACAAAGUUUGAAUCUAAUAAAAGAAGAAGAACUGACGACAGUAUACGAGGGGUCAUUGCCAAAGAAGUGUGCAACAUAAUAACAAUGCAACUAUUAUUAUUAUAA